CCAUAAACCACUAGCCAAAAGGUGCAGAAUCGGUUGUACACCCACCACAAUACUAGACCCACGUGUCGCCGAAGGUGGUGGUUUUAACGUAGUCAAUAUAAAGCACUGUCGCUUUCUGAGACGUCUAGUUGUUUUGGUCCCUUAAAGAGAGUAAAAGACAGAACAAAAUGAGGACCUUCGUAAUUCUGGCAUGUUUGGUCUUGUCGGUAUGUGCUGUGGAAAAAUACAGUUCAAAAUACGAUAACUUCGAUGUGGAAACAUUAAUUUCGAACGACAGGCUGUUAAAAUCUUAUAUCAACUGCUUCUUGGAUAAAGGCAGAUGUACUGCGGAGGGAGCAGACUUUAAGAAAUACCUUCCAGAAGCAAUUGAGACAACUUGCGCUAAAUGUAGUGAGAAACAAAAGGGAAACAUAAGAAAGGUAAUCAAAGCCAUCCAACAGAAGCACGCAAAGCAGUGGACCGAGCUCGUCGAAAAGAACGACCCAUCAGGCAAACAUCGUGAAAACUUCGAUAAAUUCAUCCAAGCUAGCUAAACACCCUUGGUAGUGAUAGCAUAUAUAUUACCUUAAGAAUUAGCUGUAAGUUAAUCAAUGUCCAAAAUGUGAUACUUCGGAAAGAGAGACCAGACAGGCCUGCAUUUUUGUUAAAUAAAAUCAAUUGGUUGAA